AUGGACGUCGCUGCGAGCAAUGAGUUCUACAUGCGGAUCGAUAGCGCUCGAGACGAGGUGGAGGAUGUGGAGCAGCAGCUGCAAGCGACGCGGAGAGACAUCGCGACCGUGAUGGAUGCGGCAGAGCAGCUCACGGUGGAGGCGUGUGCGCUGGCACUGCGACACGAGGAACUGGAGAAGGACGAAGCUGCACUCGUCGAGUCGGAGGCUAUCGCUGUGCAGAACAAGGUGCUGGCGGAAAAGAAACUGAUGGAGGUGGGAGGCUACGAGUGCGUCAUGCGCAUUCUGCGCAAGGCGCUGCAAAAGGCCAAGCUGGAGAUCAUGGACACCGAAGACGAAACGAGGGAGCUGCUCCAUGAGGAGCUCCUGCUUCGCGCGCAGAUCACCAACAUGACCGAAAGUCUGGUCACCACCCAGCAGAGCGUCGCGCGGCUGCAGCAAGAGUGCGCAGUCGCAGCCGCCAGCAAGCGCGAGGCGGACGACAAACUGCGGCAGCUGUCGAACUUCCUCAACCAAGCGCUCUCGCCCACCAACAGCUCCACCGCCGCGAUGGACAAGUACCGCCGUGUGGAGAAGCCUCGUCGCGAGGAGCAGGCCGCGCAGGUCGAGCCCAACGAGAUCCGCAUCACGCAGCAGGGCAAAGUGCGCAGCUACAUUUCCUACGCCAACGGACUCUUCGCCGAGAAGAGCGAGCGGCAGGUGACGCUGAAGGCCAUGGGCAACGCCAUCAGCAAGGCCGUGACCGUGGCCGAGAUCUUGAAGCACCGGGUGCCGAGUCUGCACCAGGUGACGCGCAUCUCGUCCAUAGACACGGUGGACGUGUACGAGCCGCUGGAGGAAGGCCUCGACCGCAUCGAGACCACGCGCCACAUCCCCGGCAUCUCCAUCCAGCUGUCGCUGGACGAGCUGGACCGGGACGACCCGGGCUACCAGAGCCCCAUCCCGCUGGACCAGGUGACGGCCAGCUCGCCGUCCUACCACGACUCGCGGGAGUUCAGGAAGACGCGCGGACACUCCAGACGCUCCGGCCGCAACGCUGGACGUGGAGAUGUCCCAGCUGCAGCUGAAGCGGAGGAAGAAGAGGCUGCUGAAGAUGCAGAGGCUGAGGCGGAGCAGACACCUGGCGAGGAGGGGGCUACGGCUACCACGCCAACCACGCGCGGAAAGCGAGGCAAAGGACGGGGUCGUGGCCGCAGUGGUAGCAAUGGAGGUCGUGGCAAGAAGUCGCAUGGACGAACUCCUGCUGAGGACGGAGAGGACCAAGCAGAAGCUAGCAGUGCAGUGGAGCAGGUAGACGGUGACGUGCCAUCCACGUCGUCUAACCGGAAGAACGGGCGUGGGAGGAAAGGAAGAAAGAAGGCGGUGGGUAACGGCGACGAAGACAAGCAGGAGGUGCAAGACGGCGACUCUGCGGAGGAGCCCCGGGGCGGCAUUUCGGUCGUGGGCGCGGACGCGGUCGAGGUCGCGGCCGUGGAGGCCGUGGAGAAAGCGCGAAUGCUGCCGCUUCGUCGGAUGCCGUCGCUGCCACCGAGUAGUGGAUAG